AUGAGUGAAGUAUCUCCAUUUGUAUUAUGGGCAUCUUUCUUAGCUCCAACGGAGAUAAGAUAUUUCACAACUUCAAGAUGUCCAUUGUUUGAAGCCCAAAUUAAUGAAGUAUAUCCAUCAUCAUCUUUAGCUCCUGUUCUAGCUUUAUAA